AAAACAUGACAAGCUCGUGUUUCAACAUACUGAUGACGUUUUUUUUAAAAAAGGGGGGUGACACAUUACUGAUCAGAAGAGGACACGUGGAGCAAAUGAAGGAAAAAGCACAUGCAGCACGCCUAUCUGCUCACAGAGCUGUAUCAUCAGAAACGAAGAGACCAAAAAAAUUGAAAUUCAAAAGGUCUCUCAAAAAACCCAAGAGCUUCUCCGUCUCCAACACCUUCACUCCAAUUCCAAACCCUAACCAAGAAUCAACAAGAAAUCUCCCCAAAGGAGAUCCAGAAAUGGUGCGCACAAAAACCGCCAUCCCUCAGAAUUGGAAGAACAGACAUGCAACGAAGAAAAGGGAAUGUCUUCUCCAACGAUUCGCUCAAGCCAGGGAAAAACUGAGGGCAAGAAUCACUCAAGAGGAUAAGAAUCCUCCUUCCCAGAAUCAAAACCCAGAAGUUGAAGAUGCAACAGAGCACAAAGAAGCUCAAGGGAAUUCCUCUAACACUACUUUUAUCUCCUCCACUGCUAAAUCUUACUUUCUUGCAAUCGUGAAGAAGCAUAUCUUGCCUCAACGAAACAUUGACCUGGAAGAUUUUGCUCGGAAAACCACACUUAUACCCAUGCUAGAGGCUAGGAAAUUGCUGAAAUCAGUCACUAUUCCAGGAUCCUAUGUGAAACAAGUUAUUCAAGAGUUUUUCUGCAACAUAGAUGAAGAUUUUGUGAAUCCUACUGCUGCAACUUUUGAAAAAGUGUUUGUCAGAGGAAAAUUGUACACAUUUUCCUCCUCAGCUGUUAAUCAGUUCUUGGGAUUAGAUGCUGAUCAGGAUGCCUUGGUUAGUGAAGUCACUAUGUGGAAGGAAAUCACCCACGGAGUUAGAAAAAGUCAACAUCCCUCCAGCAAAGUUCCUUCAUCAAUCCUGAACAGUUCUUACUCCAUCUUGCUUAGAGUUGCUGCAUGUCACUGGCUAGCCACAUCCCACACCAACACAGUGACAAAAGCCAUGGGGAUGUUACUAUAUAAGAUCAAGAACAAUGUUUCUGUUAAUCUUGGAAAGCUAAUAGUUGCUCAAAUUGCUGAAUUUGGGAAGCACAACUAUAAACAAAAUGACAAUGGUCUGCCCUUUCCUGUGCUAAUCUUUCAGAUGCUUGUCUCACAGAGUUUCAACAAGACGGAUGGUGAACAAGAGGAGCCCUUGGAGCCACUACUGCAGGUUGACAACAGACACUUUGAUGGAAAGCACUUCAAUGACAUGAAGGUAGCUAAGCAGGCAACACAUGGAGUGCCAGGUGUACUCAAGUAUCUGGAGCACAAACUGCAGCAAAACAAGGAAGCACUUCUCCUGGUGGACCAACAAAGAAAAGUUCUUUAAGAAGAGCGGCAGAGUCUCAUAUGGUUGCAAGAGAAUGCUGCACAGAGUGCUCAAGCAGAAGGUUCAUCAUUUCAGGGGGAGAGUUCAGAGGAGGAAGAAGACACUGCUAUAGAUUUCUCAGCCAGAGGGGAUAUCUUUUCUAUAUACUCUUUACAAGCUUAAAUUUGACAUUCAUUUUGGUUGGGUUGUUCUGCCCUGUUUCUGGUUUAAAGACAUAUCGUACUGCUAGUUCUUUUGCU